CCCGCUGUCGAGCUUGAUGACUCGGUGCCCGCUGUCUUGCCAGAUGACUCGGUGCCCGCUGUCUUGCCAGAUGACUCGGUACCCGCUGUCUUGCCAGAUGACUCGGUGCCCGCUGUCGUGCCAGAUGACUCGGUGCCCGCUGUCGUGCCAGAUGACUCGGUGCCCGCUGACGUGCCUCCGUCCGCUGCCCAGCCUGAUGUGCCUCCGUCCACUGCCCAGCCUGACGUGCCUCCGUCUGCUGCCCAGCCUGACGUGCCUCCGUCCGCUGCCCAGCCUGACGUGCCUCCGUCCGCUGCCCAGCUAAACUGGCCAAUAACUGAUUCCCAGCCUGCUCCUGGAAAUCCUGUGUCCAGCGACCUGCCUUCCUGGGUUCCC